AUGCUGGGCAAGGUAGCGUUGGAGGAGGCCUUUGCCUUGCCUCGUCUCCACGAAAAGACGCGGUGGUGGGCCGGCCUCUUCGCCGUGAACCCCGACAAGCAUGCGGCCGAGAUGAACGACCUCACCGACAUUCGCAUCAAAUACAUGGACAAGUACGGCGUCGGCUACACCAUCCUCUCCUACACGGCACCGGGCGUUCAGGAUGUCUGGGACGCCAAGGAGGCCCAGAGCCUCGCCGUCGAGAUCAACGACUACGUCGCCGGCGCCAUCAAGGGCCACCCCGACCGCUUCGGUGCUUUUGUCACUCUUUCCAUGCACGACCCCGACGAGGCGGCCGCCGAGCUCAGGCGCUGCGUCACCCGGUACGGCUUCAAGGGCGCCCUCGUCAACGACACGCAGCGGGCCGGACCCGACGGCGACGACAUGAUCUUCUACGACGGCCCCGAGUGGGACGUCUUCUGGUCGACCGUCACCGAGCUCGACGUGCCCUUCUACCUGCAUCCCCGCAACCCGACGGGCAGCCAGCACGACAAGCUCUGGGCCAAGCGCAAGUGGCUCAUCGGCCCGCCCCUGAGCUUCGCCCACGGCGUCAGCCUGCACGUCCUCGGCAUGGUCACCAACGGCGUCUUCGACCGCCACCCCGGCCUGCAGGUCGUCCUCGGCCACCUCGGCGAGCACAUCCCCUUUGACAUGUGGCGCAUCAAUCACUGGUUCGAGGACGUCAAGAAGCCCCUCGGCCUGAGCUGCAAGAAGACGAUUCGCGAAUACUUUCGCGACAACCUGUGGAUCACCACGAGCGGCCACUUUUCCACCACGACGUUGCAGUUUUGCAUGGCCGAGGUCGGCGCCGACCGCAUCCUCUUCUCCAUCGACUACCCCUUUGAGUGCUUCGAGGAUGCCUGCGUCUGGUACGACGGCGUGCCUCUGAACCUCGACGACAAGCGCAAGAUGGGCCGGGACAAUGCGAAGCGCCUGUUCAAGCUGCCCGCCUUCAAGGACAGCGAGGCGUAG